GUAUGACAAAAAUAAAGCAUAAGUUUGUAUCACUAGUUAUACCACAAAUAUUUCUAUACAAAAUGUUAAGUUUUUGUGCCAGAUAUGAUGAACAAUUUAAUUAAUCUAAAGGAAAUUUAUAAGACUUUGCAAACACACUAAAAGAGGGGCGAAAGAUACCAGAGGAACAUUCCAACUCAUAGAUAAAAAAUCAAAUGACAACGCCAUGGUUAAAACAGAAAAAGAAAAAAAGAAAAACAUAGGAAACUAAAGAUUCUAAAAACUAAAAUUUAGUUUAUUCAUUUUUUUUUACAGAAUCGUCAAUCAAAAAUGCAUCAAUAGCUUUGUAUCAUUAUCUAUGUCAGAACGUUGUAGGAACCGAGAAACAUGUAAGAACACUCAGAUUGAUGACCACUGUCAGAGACAACUUACAGAGCAACUAUAUGUGGACAGUAGUUACCAGUGGAAGUUUUGGAGAGGGACUACAUAUGCGAGGUAGUGAUUUAGAUGUAAUGAAGAUACAAAAACAGAAUGAGGUCUGUGAAGACACGCAAAUUUAUUUCAAUGCUGAUAAAAUACAUUUUACAAUGGAACUAGAAGAUACGCAGCCAGGUUUUACUAAGUUACGUCUAGUGCACGGUUAUUACCCUCGUGUUUUAAUAGACUGUCAUGAGAUAGGUAGAGGUUUCUUCUUUUCAAACCUUUCAUUUAAACAAAUAUUUUCAACCGAAAUCCUUUCGUCUAUAUAUGGGCCAUGUGUAUCCAAUAAAAAUGGAUUUUUUGACUUGGCAUACUGUGUACAUAGCAAAUUAUGGAUAACACCUGCAAAACAAUGGGUAACACGAUCAAAUAAUUCAUGGCCAAUAUACGAUGUUAAACAGGCUAUUGUAAAACACGGGGUUCUCUUUGUACCUGUAGGUGUGAAAGGAUCUACACAAGAAGAAUUAGAAUGGCGAAUAUCAUUUUCCGUUGCCGAAAAACUACUUAUCUAUUCAUUUACACAUACACAAUUACUAUGUUAUGCACUUAUGAAAAUUCUUCUAAAAGACGUUAUAGCUUUAGACGUAGAUUGUAAAGAAUUGCUUUGUUCAUAUUUCAUGAAAACAAUUUUGUUUUGGAUAUGCGAGGAAUUGCCUUUAUCAAUAUGGAAACCUGAAAACUUGAUAUCUUGUUACAUGAGAUGUUUCAGGAGGCUUAUAUAUUGUGUUGAGUAUAAAGUUUGUCCGCAUUAUUUCAUGCCUGAGAAUAAUUUAUUUGAGAAUAAGAUACGAGGACAAGCACAGGAAACACUUUUAAAUAAGUUAUAUAUUCUAAACAGUUAUGGUUGGCAAUGUGUCUUAUUGUCGGACCAAAUUUCGAAUUUGAAUGCAUUGGCAUCGGGUAAAAGCAAAGAAACAAAUUAUUUAUAUGCCAAGAGUGUUGAAAGAUUAUUAAACUCACAUAUGUUUUUUUGCGACUUUUUAGGUUCUACUGUUUAUUUUCUUUUGGAAAAAGUGAUAUACAAGGUCUUGUCUAGUAAGAGUUCAAAAAUCAAAAACCUGUACACAUACUAUUUGUCAAAAUUGUGUUGCAAAAGUGAGCGAUUUCUGCCAUUGGAGGAUAUGUCCUGUAAUAAAUCUAAUUAUAAAGGGUAUAAUACUUAUAUAAGUACUCUUCUUCUACACAAGUCAUGACGUUGUAUCUAGAUGGCUGAUGUUAGCUUCGUUUUUCUGCAAAAGAAAACAAUACAAUACAGCACUUCAAAUUAUCCAGUAUUCUCUGUUGAAAUGUACACCAGAAAAACUUCAACAAGGAAUGCAGUUUUCAGAUAUUCAUUAUGAACUCUUUAAUCUACAUUUAUUUAGAAAUAUGCCUAUUGUUAAGUUAUGGAAAUUUUUACUAUUAGAUUUGGUGUUUAUAGAAAACUCUAAGUUACAACCAAAUGAAUUGAAAACAGAAAAACUACACAUGAUUCCUCCUACAGUAUAUGCUCAUUUUCUUCGUUUUUUAUGUCAAUACCAUUCAAAAAAUAGCAGGCAAUGCUGGGAUUCUCUCAGGGAUCUACAGUUGGCUAUAGAGGAAAACUAUUCAAAAACAACUCGCAAUUUGAAAGGUUUAUCUUACAACAUCCUGGGUAUAGGUUUUCAAUUGGUAGGUGACAUAGAAGCAGCAAGACAGGCAUUUAUGCAUUCUAUGGAAUUAUUUCCAAAGGAAAAGUACAACAGUGCAUUCAAAAAAUUAUCAUUCAUAACCUGAGAGUGAUUGUUAUUGUGUUUUUUUAAUGUGUGGAUAAGCUUAUUAAUGCGAUGUUCUUUUUUCCUUAUAGUGUAUUUUAAUUAAAUGCUUUAAUAAUUGAUUUUUUAGAUUAAUAAAUACUUAGUUACUGUAA